AUGUCGGAACAAUGCGGGUUCCCUGGGAAUUCCGACCUCUACGGCCUUGGAAUAAGACUCGGGAUCUACCUCCAAUGGUUGUCAGCCCAGACCGCUGCUUUCUUCUAUCUAGCAGAUACAAACACUUUGUUUUUCAAUUAUAUCAUCUUCACUGUUGCUAUUAUCAUCGCGGUCAUAGUCCUAACUUUCCAAGGGGAAACGCACGCAGUGGAAAUGAUCGUGAUGAUCUACAUGUUCUUCGGCGGCCUAUUCUGCGUCCAACAGAGAAAGAGCCAGUUCUUGCAGAAUAGGACGAUGGGAUGGAGGGUCUUAACGAGAAUCGCCACUGUCCUCGCUAUGCUCAUAUACUCUUCGUGGUUCUGGGCCGCCGGCGUUUCUAGCGGGCGUUUCGCUGCGACCCCAUGCGGGAAUACCAUAUUCCUCUUUGCACGAAUCGCACCGGUGCAUUUCCACCAAGUGCGCUGGUUGUUUGUGGCCUUGUCAAUCUCCCUGUGUGCUGGGUUCAUCGUUUUUUACGUACACAUUUACUCCAACAGCGUCCGUGGCCUCCUUGCCACAGCGAAACGAACCUGGCGGGUGAAAAAAUCGUCGGGGGAGUCUCUAGAAUCGCGGGCAGUGGUUAUGCAACUGCUGAAUGACCGUGUCACUUCUAGGGACUGGGAUAUGCUCUUACUCUACUACGGUUCGUUGUCGUUUGGCAGUACUAUCAGCCCAAUACGUGUAACGGAGGUCCACAAAACGCAUCUUCUACUCAGAGCCAGCGACCACGACGGACCCCGCGUACUUGUUUUUGUUCCCCCGCUGUCCACGUUCGCAGAGGCAGAGUCACGCCUCUACCAGAUGAUGGCUCCCAUCCACCGGGAAUUAUUCAUGAACCCCGACGACGCAUCUAUGAACCUGUCCGUCUCUGGACGUAUUCGGACGAGCGGGCGACACGUCCUGGCAGGCCUGGAGGCCUUCGGAGACCUAUUUCGCUCGCAGGAUAAUUCUCCACAAACCCUUAUAUAUCACGCUGCGGACAUGCUACGGGAGCUUGAUGCCACCGACGAUGCGGAAACUAGCUUUCGGGGGGACCUGAGGUAUUGUCCAUCUAUCCAUCCCCUCCCCUCUGGCGGCCAUGACAUUUUGCAAGUGGCAAGCCAUGUUAGAAGCAGAACAACAUAAAUUAAGCCGUAAGCAUCUCCCAAACAGACCCUGGAGCAUCGAAUACAUUCUCUUAACCAUCGUGCCACGCGCGUCGUUUAUAUACUGCAUUCUUGCAAUAGAGCUCAUGCUCCGGUGGAAUCGUGUUACUGGUGUCUACACCGUGAGCUCUACAGGCCAGCUCAACCCCCUUGGUUACAGGCG